UCUUUCUUAUUCAGCCAAUGGCGUCGUGUAAAAUGAAAACAAAACCCAAAACCGCCAUUUAUUCGAAAUCCAACUACCAACUUCACCACCGUCGCUUCAGCGCCCAACCGCCAAAGGUAUUCCAUGGAUAAAGUAGCUCCAUUUCAACACUACUUUACUCUUUCUCUCAGCCAAAACCCAAUAAUACCCACAAAAGUUUCACCAGCUUUUGUAGCUCUUGGCCCUACACUCACCUCUCCUGCAACCCAAUUUUCCCCUUUACCACUUACAGACUCUUGGUCUCAUUUCUCUCCUUCCCGUGCUUUCCACUCCUUUGAUGGCUUAAAAAGAGGUGAAUAGUUUGGAGUCAGUUAAAGCUUUGCAUGCCAGGUUGCUUAAAAUGAGUAAUGAUUGGGGUUCAGAUUCUAUGGCUAAGAGUUUGAUCUCGAGUUAUUUGAAAUUUGAGGAUUUUAGAGCGGCUUCGACUGUUUUCUUCAUUGGUUUCGAUCGGAAUUAUGUUUUCUGGAGUCCUUUCUUGGACGAGAUUCGUAGCUGUGGGGGACAGACAAGUCGAGUUCUGGAGGUUUACGGUGAAUUAUAUGGUAAAGGAGUGAUUUUUGACAGUAAAGUUCUUACUUUGGUUCUGAACCUGUGUGCUACUAUGAUGGAUUCAUGGCUAGGAUUGCAGAUUCAUGGUGAUCUGAUCAAGAGGGGUUUUGAUUUGGAUGUCCAUUUGCAGUGUGCGUUGAUGAAGUUCUAUGGAAGGUGUUGGGAUAUGGAGAAUGCUAAUCAAGUUUUUAACCAAAUGGUGAAAAAGAAAGAGCUUGCCUGGAAUGAAGCCAUCAUGUUAAACUCGAGGAAUGAGAGGUGGGAAAAGGCUAUGGAGUUGUUCAGGGAAAUGCAGCUUUCUUUUGCCAAAGCUAAUGGUAGCACCAUUGCGAGAAUGCUGCAUGGAUGUAGCAAAGUGGGAGCUCUGCAGCAAGGAAGGCAAAUUCAUGGGUAUGUGUUGAAAUUUGCAUUCGAAUCGGAUUUAUCAGUAUGCAAUUCCUUAAUCAAUAUGUACUCAAGAAACAAUAGACUGGAACUUGCGAGGAGAGUUUUUGAUUCGAUGGAAGACCAUAACUUAUCUUCUUGGAACACCAUAAUCUCAAGUUAUGCUAGCCAUGGCUAUUUGAAUGAUGCUUGGAAUUUAUUGAAGGAAAUGGAAUCAUCUAAUAUAAAACAUGAUAUAAUAACUUGGAAUUGCCUUUUGUCUGGCCAUGCCCUCCAUGGCUCUCAUAAAGCAGUGUUGACAAUCUUGCGGAGAAUGCAGGGAAGCGGUUUCCGGCCGAAUUCGACCUCUGUCGUUAGUGUUCUUCAAGCUGUCACCGAAUUGAGGAUAUUGAAUUUCGGGAGAGAGGUUCAUGGAUAUGUUGUAAGAAAUGGGCUGGAUUAUGAUGUAUAUGUGGUGACUUCAUUGAUAGACAUGUAUGUGAAGCAUGAUAGUCUAGGAAAAGCUCAGGCAGUUUUCGAUUACAUGAAUGGUAAAAGAAAUAUUGUUGCUUGGAAUACAUUGAUAUCGGGAUAUUCGUUCAGGGGCCUUUUCGACGAUGCUAGAAGAUUGAUGAAUGUGAUGGAAGCGCAAGGGAUAACACCGGACCUUGUAACAUGGAAUAGUUUGAUUUCCGGUUAUUCAUUGGGUGGGUGCAGCGGUGAAGCUUUGGCCUUGAUUCAUCAAAUAAAGAGUACAGGAACGAGUCCUAAUGUGGUAUCUUGGACAGCUCUGAUCUCAGGCAGUUCACAGAAUAGAAACUAUGGUGAAUCCCUCGAAUUCUUCAGCCAAAUGCAACGCGAUGGUAUCAGGCCCAAUUCCGUCACCAUAUCCUGCUUACUUCGAAACUGUGGAGGUCUCUCUCUUUUACAGAAAGGCAAAGAGAUACACAGCUUCAUCUUAAGAAAUGGUAUUAUGGAAGAUAUCUUUGUAGCUACUGCUCUUAUUGACAUGUACAGCAAAUCUGGCAGUUUGAAAGCUGCUUAUGAGGUUUUCAAGAGGAUUGAAAAUAAAACAUUGGCAACUUGGAAUUGCCUGAUGACGGGGUUCGCAAUCUAUGGCCUCGGUAAAGAGGUGGUCUCGCUCUUUGAGCAGAUGCGCGGCACAGGCAUAAUUCCCGACGCCAUAACAUUCACGGUCGUGCUAUCUGGUUGUAAGAAUUCAAGCCUAGUUGUUGAAGGAUGGAAGUAUUUCGAUAGUAUCUACUCGGAUUAUAGUAUAAUACCGACAAUCGAACACUAUUCUUGCAUGGUAGAUCUUCUAGGAAGAGCUGGAUAUCUUGAUGAAGCUAAGGAUUUCAUUCAAAGAAUGCCAUUGAAACCGGAUGCUACCGUUUGGGGUGCUCUUCUCGGAUCCUGCCGUAUCCAUAAGAACAUCCAACUGGCAGAGAUUGCAUCAAAGAAGCUUUUCGAGUUAGAACCACAUAAUUCUGCAAAUUAUGUUUUGAUGUUGAAUCUAUAUGCCAUGUUCGACAGAUGGGAGGACGUUGAACGCAUCAAAGAUUUGAUGAGAGGUACCGGGGUGAAAAGUGGGCGAGUCUGGAGCUGGGUUGAAAUCAAUCAGAUAAUCCAUUUAUUCAGUGCAGAAGAGAACCAUCCGGAUGAAGGGGAGAUAUAUUAUGAGUUGUACCAUCUGGUUUCCGAAAUGAAGAAGCUCGGGUAUAAGCCUGAUGUCAAGUGCGUUUAUCAGAAUAUCGACGACGACGAAAAGGAGAAGACGCUGCUAAGUCACACGGAGAAAUUGGCCAUAAUCUAUGGACUAAUCAAGUUGGGAAAUGACACUCCGAUCAGGGUAAUCAAGAACUCGAGGAUUUGCUCCGACUGCCAUACCGCAGCUAAGUACAUGUCUUUAGUAAAGAACCGAGAGAUUUUCCUACGGGAUGGUAGUCGGUUUCACCAUUUCAGUGAAGGGAAGUGUUCAUGCAAUGAUUGUUGGUAACAAGGGGCCUUAUAUGGCUUUCACCAUUGCAGCGGCACCAUCUUGAGAGAUCAUGGAUAGCUCUAGCAACUACUCGAAAGCAGUUAACAUUGUCCGAAGGCAACAACACGAAAAGAUGGUUGUUCGAAGAGCGAGAAUAGCGAGAAGUUUCACCUCCUCGCUCCUGGAUGGAACCAUGAUGCUCACCAGUACUUGGCAGCAUAUAAAAGUGGUAGAACUCAUUUAAAUGUUGAAGAAGAUAUUAUUACGAGUCGAAUAUAGAUGGUAAAACAAACAUUUAAGAAUGUUUGAU